UCUAACCUCAUUUAUUCAGAACUUUUGUCAAGUAUCUGAAAGUAAUUUAAUAUAUCAACAAAUAAUGUCCAUUUCAAGAUCUCUACCACAAAGCAAAGAAGCUUUGCUAAAAUCUUACAGAACUAGGCUGAAGGAUGAUGUGAAAAGUAUGCUGGAAAAUUUUGAAGAAAUUGUAAAAUUAUCCAAGGGUGAACAUGACACACAACUUUCAAGAAUGACACAAUGUGAACAAGAUACAUAUGAAAUGCAUGUCCGAGCUGCAAACAUCGUACGAGCAGGGGAGUCUCUGAUGAAAUUGGUUUCAGACAUUAAGCAGUAUCUUAUUUUGAAUGACUUUCCUUCGGUCAAUGAAGCAAUUACACAAAACUCCAAGUUGUUCAGGACGAAGCAAGCAGAAUGUGAUCAAAAAUUAAUGUCUUUGAGGGAUGAUAUGGCAGCAGAUUUGUAUGAUUUAGAAGAAGAAUAUUAUAGUAGUAUAAAUAAGUAGUUAGGAAUUCGAUUUAGAUAGUGUAAUAUAUAUUUUUUUCGAUAUCUUUAAGAACCAAAUGGUAUGUAUGUAAGCAUUUAUUUACUCAAAACACUUAUUAAAAACAGGAAUAAAGUUUAUAUGA